AUGCUGUACGCCUUUGCUGAGAAGAAGGGCUCAGAGGUGCAGCCCAUCUAUCUGUUGUCCGGCAACAGAGAGGGAUACGGCCACACCAUCACCCUCGUCGCCAAGUCCAAGCUUGCAGAAACGAAGAAGCAGUUCAAGCCCGUCUUCUCGCUGCACGUCUACAGCGUACAGGCCGUGCUGCCCAAGGACAGCGCCCACCUGUGGUCGGUGGACAACGAGCAGCGCAAGGCCCUCUUCACCCAGCCGGACAACUCCAUCACCACCAACCGCGCCGAGUUCAUCAAUCAAUCGUACCUCCCUUUCCCCGAUGGUGAUGGUGCUGACGUCAUGGCGGCGGUGAUGGUGAUGGCGCGACCAAGGUGGAGCGCCAUCGACUUUCUCGCGGGGACGGAGAAGCGCAGCGCGCCGCCGCCCGCCGCAGUUCCGCAACAGCCCGCGCCUGUGGUCAAGAAGGAGGCCGUCAAGGUCAAGGUGCAGCCCAAGGAGGAGGCCAACGACGCGUCGAGCCAGCCCAGCUCGCCCGAGAAGACCGCCAAGCCGGCCACCGGCGGGCGUCUGACCACCCCCGCCAAGCCGGCCGCCGCCGGGAAGAAGGGCGCGUCGUCGCCCACCAAGAAGCAGCCCGGCGGCGCGCGGGAGAUGACGUCUUUCUUCAAGAAGGCCCCCGAGGAGGAGAAGACGCAGACGCUGAUCGCCAACGCCAAGGCCGGGAAGCCGGCCAAGGGCACGUCGAGCCCCUCGAAGGCCCGCGUCAUGGAGGGCUUCUUCGCCAAGAAGGAGAAGAUGGACGAAGAUCACGCGGCGGAAGAGGGCGAAGAGGAAGAGGAGGAGGAAGAGGAGAAGAGCGAGGCCAGGCAGAAGGUGAAGCAGGAGAAGGUCCAGCCGGCGGAGACGGAUGAGCUCGACGAGCUGUUGGGCGGCGAGGAGGAAGCCGAGGAGGCGAAGCCCGCGCCGCCGCCGGCGAAGCAGAAGCGGAAGAGGUCGGCGGCCGCGAAGGACGACGAUGACAUGGACUUUGAGAGCUCCAAGGCCAAGGCCGACACCACGAAGCGGCAGCGCCUGCGCAAGGGCAAGCGGAAGAGGAGCGACGACGACGACAACAACGACAACGACGCCAAUGGAAACGACGAAGGAGAAGGAGAGGGUGAAGCCGCUAACGGCCGACCAGCCCGGGCCAUCAAAAAGGAGAAGGAGUCGAAGCGCGAUGAAGAAGAUGGCGCAGAAGACGGGGAGAGCACGGCGAUGACGACGAAGAAGAAGGCGACGAAGAGGAGGAGGGUGGUGCAGAAGGAGCCGGAGGACGAAGAGGAAGCGGAGCAGGAAGAGGCCCAGCCUCAGAAGAAGAAGCGUGCCGCCAAGGCCGCGCCGGCCAAGAAGGGGCGAAAGGAGGCGGCAGCAGAUGAAGAGAAGGAGGAGGAUGACGGGGAGAAGGAGAACGAGGAACAGGACCACAACGUCGUGAAGCAGGAGAAGACGAAAAAGAAGGCGGCGGCCAAGCCCGUGGCGGUGGAGCGGAAGGAGGGCGUGGCGAAGCCCGCCGAGUACGUGCCCGGCCAGCGAAGGAAGAAGAAGGUCCGACGCGAGCGCACGUACACGGACAACAAGGGAUUCGAAGUCACCGAGGACGUGUGGGAGGAGGUGUCCGACGACGACACGCCGGCACCGGUCGCCCUGCUCUCCAUCAAGGAGGAGGCCACCAAGAACGCCGAGGCCACCGCGAGUACGGCGAGGAAGAAGGGGACCACGCAGGGCAACAUCAUGAACUUCUUCGGCAAGAAGAAGUGA